AUGAGCAAAAAUAAAUAUCGAAUCUUAUACAUAGAAAGAAUCUUUAAGUUUCAUUAAUAUUUGCGUCAAUGUAAAUCGAAUUAGAGGAAAACUCUUCAUACACAAUAUUUCUUCAAAACACUAAAGAAGAGAAAUUGGGAGAAGGAACCUAUGGUAAGAGCAUAUGAGAAAAGAAGAGGAAAAAGGUGGUUCAAAGAAACUUAAACUUGA